AUGCGAGUUGAAGUGGAUCCUGUCUCUAUUUUCGAGGAUGCACUUAAAGGUCUUGCUACUAAGGAUUUUGACGCAGACGUUGAAGAACCUUCCAGUAAUCUAAAUGCUUCGGUUAAUGUCGCGGAUGACCACGUAAAGCCUGGAUUUAAUGAGACUUUCACGAAUGCUGGUAUAAAGGUUAUUUCAGCACCAACUAUAACUAAACCGCCUAAUGAAGUUGCCACUACUUCUCAGAAUGAUAUAAUACUCAGUGCACUCAUAAAUGCAGGCAUUGCGCCAGCCUCUCUAAAACCCCAAGAGACUUUCAGCAAUCCUCCUUCAGUUUCAAUCACCGCAAAUCCUAACGUAAAAGUUCUUAGUUCUCGAGGAACUACUAUCCUCAGGGUGAUGCCAUCGGCUAAUGGUAGCAGUUCACCUAUUGCUCAGGCCCAUUCUCCUUUAAUAGCUAGUCAUCUAUUGUACUGA